AUGAAUUCGGCAUGGUGGAAAUCGAAUUUCAGCGGCUCGAAAAUUGUCUUUUACUUUUUUUUCCAUGGAUUGCAUAUAGGCAUGUUUGCCUUUGGAUGGUGGAAACAGGCGGCUGACCCUCGGCUGGCACCCCUGAACUCUCUGGGAUUUUCAGUGUGGAUUUCUCGUGGUGCUGGUUUGGUGCUCUCGAUUGAUGGAGCCCUGAUUCUGUUGCCCAUGUGCCGGACACUGUUGAGAUGGGUGCGACCGAAAAUUCGCUGGGUUCCUUUAGAUGAAUCCCAGUGGUUCCACCGCCAGGUCGCAUAUUCAUUACUUUUCUUCGCAAUUGUGCAUACAACUGCUCAUUACGUGAACUUUUUCAACGUCGAGAAGUCUCAAGUUCGUCCCGAAACUGCUAUUCAGAUUCAUUACACUCAGGCAGGUGGAAUCACAGGCCAUAUCAUGCUGCUUUGCAUGCUGUUAAUGUACACAACCGCGCAUCAUCGCAUCCGACAACAGGCUUUCGAGACUUUCUGGUAUACCCACCAUCUGUUUAUUCCAUUUAUGUUGGCGCUUUAUACACAUGCUACAGGUUGCUUCGUUCGAGAUACAGUUGAUCCAAUUUCACCACUUGCCGGGAAGGAGUUUUGGACUCACUGUAUUGGCUAUGAGGGUUGGAGAUGGGAGCUCUGGGGCGGGGGCAUUUACCUCUUUGAGCGGCUGUACCGGGAAAUUCGCGCAGCGAAACCUACAGAGAUUACGAAAGUCGUCAGACAUCCUUACGAUGCUAUGGAAAUCCAAUUUUAUAAGCCCAGUUUUACCUACAAAGCAGGCCAGUGGCUGUUCAUCAAUGUUCCAGAUGUCUCAAGAGCACAAUGGCAUCCAUUCACAAUCACGUCAUGUCCAUUUGACCCUUACGUUAGCAUUCACGUAAGGCAGGUGGGAGAUUGGACAAAGCAGUUGGGUAACCGUCUAGGUUGUGGUCCGCAACAAGCAAAGGACAUUGAUGGUCUUGACCCCCUGGGCAUGUACGAAAUCGCCAUGCAGAAUGGUCAAACCAUGCCGAGCAUUCGAAUUGAUGGACCUUACGGAGCUCCAGCAGAAGACGUCUUCAACAAUGAAAUCGCUAUUCUUAUCGGAACAGGUAUUGGCGUCACCCCAUGGGCAUCAAUUCUCAAAAAUAUAUGGCAUCUUAGAGCGUCUCCCAAUCCUCCAAGACGCUUGCGUCGUGUUGAAUUCAUCUGGGUCUGCAAGGACACCAGUUCCUUCGAGUGGUUCCAUGCCCUCCUUUCCUCACUGGAAGCACAAUCGGCGGCAGAGGCCAGCGAUGGCCAAGAGUUCCUCCGUAUCCACACCUAUCUCACACAACGUUUUGACCAGGAUACCGCUGCAAACAUCUAUCUCAACUCCGUUGGUCAAGACAUAGAUCCACUCACAGAAUUGCGGACAGGCACAAAAUUCGGCCGCCCGGACUUUUUGAGGUUCUUCACAGCUCUGCGGAACAGCCUGCUUGAUCAAACUUAUAUGUCUGGAUUAGACGCUUCAUUGCGGACGGAUGUCGGUGUCUACUUUUGUGGUCCGAAUCCGGCAGCUAAACUGAUCAAGAAGGCCGCUAACGACUGUGCAACUAAUGAGGUCCGGUUUAAGUUCUGGAAGGAGCAUUUCUGA